AUGUGGGGCACAUUCCCCCAACGGUAUUUCUGGACUCUCACUAAGUUUAAUCCAGUAUAUGGAAACCUCUUUCGAGAAUUCAGCACCGCUAUGGGUCCUAAUCUUUCUGCUAAAAGAGCUAGAGACCUGAUCAAAUUAGUGAACUCAAGCUCUUUGACGCAAAGUGAGAAAAAGCGUUCAGAUUGGCGUGAAGACACCAAAAUCCCUGAAUGGAAGAGACAGAAACUAGCACUUGAAGAAAAGCUCAAAGGCGAGAAGUGGAGUCCAAAAAAGAAGCUUUCAAGAGAAGAAAUAAAUAGCGUCCGCAUACUCAAGCAGCAGCUUCCGAAGUUGACUGCUACGCAACUAGGGGAACAAUUCAAGGUCUCUCCUGAAGUUAUACGAAGAAUUUUGAAAUCCAAAUGGCAACCUACCGAGGAGGAAGCGGCCGAAUUUGAAAAACGGUGGAAAAGGAGGGGAGAGCGUAUUAAAGCAAUGAAUCCAUCCGCAUCAAAAAACAGCGUUGAGACUCCAUUUAUGCCAAAAAAACUUAUUAUUGGUUCUGGGCGGUCAAGUUCAGAUAUAUUGUUGAAGCGCGUCAAGUGGAAAAGUAAUUUGGCCCGCGACCAAAUGGGAAAAGGUCAAGCUAAGGGUAAGCAAGGACUCAACCUGCUUAAAAAGCUAGUGGAUUAA